AUGGAAAAUCGUCAGGUAACGCAGUUUUUUUGAGCUGAUUUUUUCAAUCAGCGAAACUCUUUCAGUCCGCCCGACUAGUGCUAACGCUGGAAGAAGCCGAAGAGCAGCCAGUGCUCAUGGAGCUCGAACUAACCGAAGAUGAUCGGAUGGAAACGGAAGCGUGUGAUGAGAUAUUUCCGGACGGAUGGAUCGAUUUCAUGGAGCAAGAACAAGUGGCUCAGGAGCUGGAACAGGCGAGAAAACGGGAAAAGAAAGACAAGGGGGAUGCGGAGAACGCGCCGAAAGUGAGUGGUUUAAAAUUAUACAGUCCUGAACAUCCUGACAUGUCUACUUCAAAAACAUUACAUCCGCGCGCACGGUCUCCAGAGCUAACAAUGGGCGCAUGUGCGCCCCGCCCAAUAAAGCGAUACAUUGGCGCGAAAUUCAAAUUUUAACAGCAAAAUGUGUGUUUUUUGCCAGAUUAGCCACGAAAAACCAAUAAUUUCUCAUUUGUCUCUCGAUAGACCGAUUGUAUAGGCUAUUACGAAUUUUUUAAGCGCAAGAGCGUUAAAUUUGGUCAAGUCGCAAAUCACAUUUAUCCGUUUGAAGGUUUUUCGCUAAAACUUCGUGAAUUUCAGUUGCUUUUCGGUAAUUUUCGCUGUUCGAGCGCUUAAAAUGCUUGUAUUUACGUGAUUUAUCAUUUUCAAAACCAAUACUGUGUGAAAACGGUCAAGAAAGCGCAAAAUGAGAAGUGCGGUUUUUAGGCGGUGAUCUGCGGCGAAGGCGAAAAAGCAAAGUCCACGAAAAAUGCGAAAAAUGCGCCAAAACGUCAUUAAUUCUAAGAAUUAGUGUGUUUUCAUGUCGAACAAUCAUUUUUCAUCGCUUUUGACCACAAAAAUCAGAGAAAACCUGCUCAAUCCUUGAAAACGCCGUUUGGCCGCCGAGGCCACGCCCAUAUUGUCAACUCUGGAGACCGUGAUCCGUCGUUAAUACUUUGGUUAUAAGGUAGGCAACUUUUUUGUACGGCUACACCCGAUACUUUUGUACAGUUCAGACCAUCUCUACUGUAUUCUUCAGUUGAGCGGUAGAGCUCAACGAAAGAACACGGAAGAAUUUGUAUCUUUUUUAGAAAAUUUUUUCAUGGAAUGUGAUCAACUGACGAAAUGUAUAGCAAAGUGAACUGUGCUCAUAGAAAAAUAAUUGUAAAUUUAACUUUUCAUACAAAAAAGUUAUUCGAGUUAUUCCAUGAAAAUGUCUUUCCGUCUUCCGUUAGCCCUUAACUUUUUUGUAUGAAAAGCUAAAUUUACAAUUAUUUUUUUAUGCGCAUAGUUCACUUUUCUAUACAUUUCGUCAGUUGAUCACAUUCCAUGAAAAAAUUUUCUAAAAAAGAUAAAAAUUCUUUCGUGUACAGUGUACACACUAAAAGUUGAAGAACAUUUCAAACUAUAUGAAAAGUUAACCUAUUUCAGGAGAUGUCCAUGUGGGAGGAACUGAUUCUCUACGACGACAUCUACUUGGACACUCCCGCACCGCCGGCUCCGAAUCGUGUGCACACGGAAAACGACGCGCCCGAUCUGAUCUUCGAGCUGCAGAAGACACCGCAGCGAUACGCGGUCUACGUGCGACGACGCGCCGAUUGGGACGAGUUGGCGGGUCCAGCGGCGAGAAGGAAAGCGUUCAAAAAAGAUGAGACGAAGCAAAUUGAGAAGACGGCGCCCCGCUGA